AUAUUUGCCAAUGACAGUAUAUAAAUGUGAAUAACCUUUUUAAGUCUUUAAGAACCUAACGUAAAGGUUCAAGGACAAUGGUUUACAUUAUGUGAAAGUUCUUUAAACCUUUUAAAAGUUCUUCAUGGUCAAAAAUCUUUUUAAAUAUUUUUAAGCUUGAUUCUUUAGAGGACCUAAAGUGGUUCCUAUGAGGCAUUGCUCAAAGAACCCUUUAUGGCAGUGUGCUGUGACAUAUUUCCCAAUUGAAACAUGGUACCAGAGAGGAUCUAGUGGAGCUCGAUGAUAGAUGGUGGUGUUGGGAGGGGUUUGGUAAAAGGUGAAAUUGGUUAAUAUAAUUUUUUCAUUUUUUCAACGAUUUAGAGGUGAGGAAAGUACUUACAUUUUGGUGGAAGAUGACGGAACGCAAGGAUUUGUUAAGUGGUUUAUGAUGAAUUGUGCUUAACGCGACCAGGGACAUGAACUAACAAGGAAAAAAUGUCCACUUUGACUUUCAAAAAGUGGUUCUUUAUAGAACCAUCUAUUGAAAGCCUCUUUCAACAGAUGGUUAUUCUAUGGUUUUGCUCCACACAAUCCUUUCUAGCACUGUUUUUCAGAGUGUGGGUGAUUUGCUAGUCACCAUGGGAGUCGGAGUAAAAGGAUUUUUUUUCUUUGCCAGUGCUUUGUGUUUUGUAAAACUAAUCAUGUGAUUGACAGGAGCUGUGGUUGAUGGGCGGAGUUUCAGUGUGGGUAUUAUCAGGUACACACAGGUAAGCAUGUUCUUAGGUUUCACUCUUCCCAGGCAUUAGUGGUAUAAGAAGAACAGACCUAUGAAUGUGGAUUGUAGUAGUAGAAAAAAGGCAAGAAGAUCUAGAAAUUGCCCAAAAGACGGCUUCAUAUUUUAAAUGAAAUAGACAUUGCAUCUAGAAGGAGACUGGCGCCAGUAUGACUCCCAUUCAAGCACUGCAGGAUAAACUACAGUCAUGGAAAAGGUUUUGUGCCUGUACCGCUGCUGAACAGGAAGAAAGCACCAGAAAAGAAGAGUCUCACGGUCGAGGUGGAAUUCCUCUUUGCACUAAGUUAUGCUAUGCAGUUGGUGGUAUUCCAUAUCAGACGACCAACAUUGCCAUGGCUUUCUCCUUCCAGAUCUUUCUACUGGACGUUGUGCAGAUCGAGCCCCUUUUCGUCUCUCUGAUCCUGUUCGUAAACCGAGCAUUGGACGCCCUCACUGACCCUCUGGUGGGCUACCUGGUGAGCAGGAGUAGGCGGAGCCCAAUGGGAAAGCUGCUUCAUUGGUCAGUUUUGUCCAUGCCAAUGGGCGUUCUCUCUUACGCCCUCCUCUGGUUCAUCCCUCACACUGCAGCCAGCUCCUCAGCCACUGUGGCCUGGUACCUCACAGUGAGCUGUCUGUUCGAGACCUUCAUGAGUUGCUAUCAUGUCCCAUAUACUUCCCUGAACAUGUUCCUGGGAGGAAGUGAGAGAGACCGAGAUUCAGCCACAGCUUACAGGAUGAGUGUGGAGGUGUUGGCGAUGCUGUUGGCUGCUGUGAUUCAGGGUCAGGUGUUGCGAGUGUAUAAUUCAGAGAGAGAGAGCUCCUGUGUGAAUCUGGAUGAAAAUCAUGGCGAGCUCACACACCCCACGCCUUCUCAGCCCUCCGCUCCUCUGCAUCUCACGAGAGGGGCCUUCAUGACCUCAGCUCUGGUGCUGGGGGCUCUUUUCUUCCUCUGCUGCAUGUUGCUGUUUCUGGGUGUGAAAGAGCAAAGCGGGGGUCAGGACGGGCAGAUUGGCCGGCGCAGGUCAUACCUGAAAGAUCUGAAGAUGCUGAUUGGCCACGUCUCCUAUCAGCGCCUGGUCCUGGGCUUUCUCUUCUCAUCGCUCGCCUUCCAGAUGUCUUUAGGAAACUUUGCUUUGUUCUGCAUUCAUGUGGCAGGAUUGGGGGCUCAGUUCCAGAAUCUCAUGCUGGCUAUAUUGGUUGCAGCUGCUGUAUCCGUGCCUUUGUGGCAAAUGACUCUGGUGAGGCUGGGAAAGAAGAGCACGCUGUUUAUUGGCCUACCUCUCCUCAUCCCUGCUCUGAUCGUCUUUGUGUCCGUGACGGAGAACUUUCCAGUGUAUGUGGCCGUGUGUGUUCUGGUUGGGGCCAGUGUAGCUACACUGUUCUUGUUACCAUGGUCCAUGCUGCCGGAUGUGGUAGAUGAUUUUGCGCUGCAGAACCCCUGCUGUACGGACCUGGAGCCCCUGUUCUUCUCCUGCUCUUGCUUCUGUAACAAGCUCGGUGGUGGGCUAUCUGCUGGCAUCUCCACCAUGACGCUACACCUGACUGGUUAUAAAACAGGAGCGUGUAACCCUGAUGAAGGAGUCGUCACAGCACUGCGCUUGCUUUUGGCUCCUGUACCGAUUGUCCUACUGCUGGUGGGCUUGAUCUUCUUCUAUCUGUACCCCAUCGACGAAACGCGUCGCCAGCAGAUCCAACACGACCUGGAACAAAUAAGAUCCAGGGCAAAAAGGGAAGAAGUGGACAUCAGAAGGCAGCAGAGCAGCCCGCAGCAAAGGCCCAGUCAGAGCAUCGUCCACUCAAAGACUAGCAUAGCAUCAUCAUCUCUUGGCACAAAAAAAUUGUUUCCCCAGUUGAGAAAUGCUCCUGUAUCUUCUCCUCGAGAGCACUGCAACAAAAUCACUCCAUACAGUCAUAGUUCCACUCGGUCAGUCUGCAGUUUAGAGCAACGGUUCGAUAAACCCAGCUCAAAGAGCGAUAUUCCUGCAUCUCAGCACAGCACCCACCAGUCUGCACUGAAAUGUUAUGAGACGCGCUGUAAGAGGGCGAAAGUUACAUGGGUGUGAAUUAAACUGAUUUGUCUUCAGCAGGCUGCACUCGUUUUUGUGUGACUGUGAAUAGUAUGAAAUAACUCCUGUAGAUCUGUGGUCCUCCAGGUCCAGCGGUGAAUAUGUCUGAUGUAGGCCAGUGUUCAAAAGUAUGUAAUCAGUGUUUUUAUCAAUAUAAAACCAGAUUGGUGGCUGAUAAGUGUAUAAAAUGAUUCCAGUAUCCUUGUCCUGUGCACCAUUACAGGUUUCGGAUAAUAAGUAGGACACUAAGAAUCAGCAUAAUUAAAAAAUAUAUAAUAAUAAAUUAAGAAUUCUUGUGAAUGAUAAACAGGACUGCAGAUGAUUAUAAAACGACUGAGAAAUCUGUUAUAGCAUCAAGAAUUGUAGAAUAAUUAAAUGAUAAAAAUUGACAUCCAUCAUAUUUCAAGAGUGGGGUUCGAAUCUUAAGGCAAAUAACCUUAGAAAAACAUGAAUAUAAAUAGGUUAUUACAGUAUAUUAUUCACAAUUUAAUUCACUUCCUGUUCACAGAACUCUUGAAAUGUUUAAUAAAACAUUUAAAAUAC